ACUAUCCACUCGCCAUACUCGCCAUACACUGUCUGCUGCCGCUUCAUUCAUCUUUCCUUUGUGCACGGACAGCACCGCACCGCAAGUCAUGGCGCCACACCGGUACACACCGGGGAGAUCAGCCGCGGUUCACAGCGAGAGAGCGGCUGCAGCACCGAGACGCUACUAUGGAGAACCACACAGGUUUGAUCCUUCCUUCAGAGGUCCAGUCUGCAGAAGAAGCUGCACUGAUACAUUGUGGUGUUUGAUCUUCAUUAUUGUCAUCCUUUCAUAUCUGUCCCUGGGGAUAGUUGCCUGGUUACAUGGGGACCCCAGGAAGAUUCUCCAUCCGACAGACAGCUAUGGCCAGUUCUGUGGGCAGAAGGGGACUUCUAAUGCGAAGAAACCCAUCUUAUUUUACUUCAACAUCUUAAAAUGUGCCAACCCAGCUAUACUCAUCAACCUGCAGUGCCCCACAACGCAGAUGUGUGUGUCACAGUGCCCUGACAAGUUUGCUACCUACAGUGAGAUGCAGCUGCAAAACAAACUCAACAAGGCACACUGGGAAUACUAUAAACAGUUCUGUAAGCCUGGAUUUAAUAACCCUGAAAAGCCAGUAUCCCAGGUUCUAAGAGAUGAGGACUGUCCCUCCAUGAUCAUACCCAGUAGACCAUUUCUCCAGAGAUGUCUGCCAGACUUCACCACUCUGAAUGGGAUCGUGACUGUAGUGAACAGAACUAGGUUUAAGGAUGCUCUAGAAAUUCCACACAGUGUCAGUGAACUCCAACGUGCUACCAAGACUAUAACAGGACUUGAGGACACUAAGGAGAUGGGCAUUAAGAUAAUGGAGGAUUAUUCUCAGUCCUGGGCAUGGAUAAUCAUAGGUCUGCUGAUAUCCCUGGCUGUUAGUCUGAUCUUCAUCCUGCUGCUGAGAUUCACAGCUGGGUUGCUGCUGUGGACUACUAUCAUCACUUUCAUACUACUGCUGGCAUAUGGUAUGUGGUACUGCUCUGUGGUCUGGUCCCAGCUCAAACACACACCGGGCUCUGAUGUUGCCAUUACAGAGGUCGGCCUGCAGACUGACGUACAGGUGUACUUACAACUUAGACAGACAUGGAUUAUAUUAUUGGUGUCUCUGGGAGUGACUGAAGCCUCCGUCUUGGCGAUGUUGAUCUUCUUAAGGAGACGAGUCCAAGUUGCCAUUGCCCUACUCAGAGAGUCCAGCAAAGCUAUCGGUCACAUCAUGUCCACACUAUUCUUUCCAGUUUUCACCUUCCUCUUGUUGACUGUAUGCAUCUCCUACUGGGCAGUUACUGCCGUUUAUCUUGCAUCCUCAGGUGAACCCAUCUACAAAGUGACGUCUCCUAAUGUUAGAUGCCCCUACACCAACAGCACAUGCAAUCCUGAGACCUUCAACAGAACCAACAUCUCCACAUCGGCGUUGUGCUUGGGAACUCAGUGUCAGUUUGCUUUCUAUGGUGGGGAGACAUCCUACUACCGCUACCUCUUCCUUUUGCAGCUGUUCAACCUACUUGUCUUCCUCUGGUUGGUCAACUUCAGUCUGGCCCUGGAGCAGUGCACCCUGGCAGGGACAUUUGCCAACUACUAUUGGGCCAAGAGGAAGCCUCAUGAUAUCCCAGCAUGUUCACUCUUGCUGUCAUUCAUUAGGGCUGUCAGGUAUCACACAGGAUCUCUGGCAUUUGGCGCUUUAAUUCUUUCCGUUGUCCAACUUCUGCGGAUCAUCCUGGAAUACCUAGAGCAGAAACUAAAAGGUAUUGACAACAGCCUCUCCCGGUUCAUAAUGUGCUGUCUGAAAUGCUGUUUCUGGUGUCUGGAGAAAUUUAUCCGCUACUUGAACCAUAAUGCUUAUAUCAUGGUUGCGAUCUAUGGUAAAAGUUUCUGUACCUCAGCCGAAGAGGCCUUCUUCCUACUGAUGAGAAAUGUGGUCAGGGUUGCAGUUUUAGACAGAGUGGCAGACUUCCUGUUGUUUCUGGGCAAAUUGCUGAUAGCAGGAGGAGUUGGUGUCAUUUCCUUCUUCUUUUUCACUAUGAAGAUCCCUGUUAUCCAGGAAGAAGUACCCCAUCUCAACUACUAUUUGAUCCCCCUUCUGACUGUGGUCAUGGGUGCCUACCUGAUUGCUCAUGGAUUCUUCAGUGUCUAUGCUAUGUGUGUGGACACACUCUUCCUCUGCUUCUGUCCUGCUCUUCUUCCUCCCCUCCAUAUAUCUUCACGUGACAUUGGACCUCAAUCUCAACCAUUGAUUCUCCCCAAUUCUGUCCCUCUUUUCCUUCAUUCAUCCCGUCUUUCUCUCGAUCCAUCCACCCAUUUAUCGGGACAACCAGGUGAUGACUUGGAGAGGAAUGAUGGUAGUGCAGAAAAACCUUUCCUCAUGUCUCCAGAGCUACACAGAAUCCUGGGAAAACCCAGCCCGCUUUGCUGAUAUACUUUCCUCUAUAUCCACUCAAUCAGCAGCCACUCUGCUCAGCUUUGGUUUGCUGGUCCCUACAUAUGCAAAGACACAAGGGGAUAUUGCAUGAGCUGUAAAGUAGCAACGUGUUUCCAUAUUAGAACAAUAGGGACCCAAUUGGUAAAAGUAGAGUCUGAAGAAUUUUUAAAACCUAAUCAAUACUAAGGAAGCUGCUUGCGUUGUAUCUCUACUCAAGCUUUCUGAGUGUCUCUGCUGUACCACUGCAUUUCAGUUACUAAAAUGAAUACAUUUUAUGACAUUGUGCCAUUAUUGGUCUGAUAGGGUUCUUCAUUGGAAUAUUUUAUCCCUUAAAUGAUGAGGAUUUUUGUAUUAAGACUCAGUGUGUGGGUGUUUGAACGGUUUUGUAACAUUUUGUGUGAAAAUCUGUUUAGAUGGAAAAGAGUGUGGUCUUUACAAAUUCCAGGGCUCAAUAAUUAAAAUCCAAAGUGGGUAUUUCCAUGCCCAUUUGCACUGAAAACAGACAUACUGUAAAUGCAGUUCUGUUUCCAAAGCAUAUCCACACAAUCACAAAGUAUGUAUUAUUCAUUUUUAUUCCACAAUAUUUUGGUAUAAACGAGAAACCAAGAAAAGUCAUAUGUUGAUUUUUAAUUGUCCACAUUGCACAGCAAAAUGAAUAAGACAAACAUAAUAUUCAGCUUCCCUCACUUUUUUUUAUUAGUGAAACUGAUCCCCCAAAAAAAUUCUAAAUUUAAAGAUAUCACUAAUGCAUUCGUCUUGAGAAGUUGAAUUAAUGUAGGAUACAAAAAGCAACCACUGACCAAAAAUGUGUUAGAAGCUCCAGAAUGUAAUGUAAGGGGUGGGGCGGGGUAGUAAUGGCAAUAGCACCUUCACAUGGUCCAUCAAAUAAUAAUUAUUAAAAAAUAAACAGUACAAUGUUAUAUUGGAUAAACUUUUUAUAUGACAAUGUGUGUUUAUUGCCUCAUGUUAAAAAUAUCCGUAAACCAAUGCUUCAAAAUGUUUCCAUUUGUAUGAGUUUCCUCUCAUGGCUUUUUUCACACUCAGUUUGAAAGAUUUGAAAAAAAGUACCAUGUUAA